ACAUGGAAUAGAAGUUUUGACCGCAGCCGGCUCCCGUACAUAGUUACGCGUUUCCUAGCAACGGGGGUUGUGCGUUCGGGGCAACAUGGCGGAAGAUGAUCUGGACCGACUUCUGGAUGAGGUGGAACGCAAAUACUGCGCCCCCAGGAUGCAUUCAGCGUCUGGCCGCGGGAAGGGAGGAGGCGGCGGGGAGCGCAAAAGAAUAGAAGAUGCACCAGUGAAAGCUUCAACAAUAGGUGACAGUGUUGAUGACUUGAUUGAGGAUAUUCUUAAAAUUUCCUGCCACGACGAGACCAAGGCUCAAAAGUCAAGACCACGGAACCAACCUGCAUGCAGAUCAUCCUAUCAAAUUCAUUCUAAAAAAUGUGGCCCUGUAUAUGUUGCUGGAAGCAGUAUUCCAUUUGGAAUUGGCACAAGUAUAUCGGAAAGAGCUUGUGACCAACUACGCUGCACUGCCUGUGACUUUACCGUAAUGAUAUUCGAUGACAGGCAGUGGGAUGAAUCGUGCGACUACCUCUUUUUCAGGAAUAGCAUGCCUGACCUCAGCAAGUUGCAACCUAAGCUGAAAAGGAAGAAAGGAGCACGAGCCUAUGCUUGUCAGUGCAGCUGGAAAUCCGUUCAGGAACUAACUAACAUCACAACAUACUCACAGCUCCGGUGGGUGUGUGGCAAGCACUCGAAAUGAUUACUGGCUUCCCCAGGGAAAGUGUUAUCAGCGUGUAUGUGCCCACCCAGAGACGGCUGAAUGCUUCCCAACCAUAUGGCUUUAGAGUUUAAUUGAACACCAAAUCAAAAGUAUAGGAUGGUAUGUUAGCACAUUAGCAAAAAACAGCUGCAAAUACUUUGCCCUUGAUUUCUGCUCAUGUCUAUGGUGAUAUGGUGAGUUUGUGCUAAUGUUUGAACUAAAGCUCGAAAAAGAAUAUGGCUUAGAAUUGCUGUAUCUUAUAAACGGAAAUUACUGUACCAGCUCUGAGGGUCUGCAGCAUCAUGAUACAUGUCUACAAAAUUAUCCACAUCUUGAAUGUUGUUAGACUGUGUCUUGCAUACCAGUAGGGUUGCCACCCAGCCGAAAGUGUUUUAAAAUAAUGAAAAUAUCAUGUAGUGUUGCCCUGCACUGGUAACACUGAUGUGUUUGCUUCAGAAACUCUACUAUAGUUCAUAUAAACAAGCU